CUAAUCACCCUCAAUCCCAUCAAUCGCCACCAUCUCUUUCUCUCUUCAUCACACUCCUCUUCUGAUCACACCCUCGCCGCCUCUCUCGGUUCUUGUCUUCCUGCCGCCCUGGCAGUACUGUUGCUUACUACUGCACCGCUAGGCAACCAUGCCCAAGACACGUGCAUACACCCGCGAUGAGCUCCAAGGCUUGCGACGAGCCGAUCUCCAGCGCCUCUGCAAGACAUAUAACAUCAAAGGCGCCAAUGCCAAGUCGGACGUACUGAUUACAACCCUCGCCGACUACUUUACCUCGCCCGAGUAUCUCGAGUCGCCGACAAAGACAGACGCCAACCGACCGCGCCCCCCACCUCCGCGUCGACCUACACGGCCGCUGCACGGCCCGGCCAGUCGUGCGCCCUCGAGGGCGCAGCCUUCCCACUCGCGCCCCUCUUCAGUGCAAACUGUGCCCUCCUUUCCGCCACAGUCGUCUCGUUCUACCCGCCCCAUAUCUGUCACGUCUGCUGCUUCCACCGCUGGGCCCACCGCCCGGCCGCAAUCUUCAAUUGCGACUGGUACCUCACAGCCACGCGCCGCUUCGACAGCCACCAAGCGACCUCCAGCACGUCCACACGCGCAGCCUUCUCUGCCGCCAAGACAUGCCACACAGCCCACGCAGCCGGUGCGGCCUAGCGUGCAGAUCGAGCCGGCGACACCGUCCAGUUCACAUUCAGAUCCUCAGCAGCCCUUGACCAAGCCUCCGCCCCAGCACCUCCCAACCUCCCCACCUACAGAUGGCUGCUCACAAACACUGCCUAGCAAUAGCACCUCAACCGCGCCCGUCAACGAAAUCGCCUCUCUGCGUGCAGAGGUUUUGCAUCUGCGUGAUAUCAUUGCCAAGCUGGACGGCGAAGCCUUGCUUCGGCAGCUAGAGCAGCGAAUCGAAGAUCGGAUAAGCGCCGCAGUUGCAGAGCAACUGGCAAUUAUCAAGCAACGCGAAGAGGUGGUGGCGGCGCAGGAGAUUUUACUCGCCGACACCAUGGCGAGAAUCGAAGCGUUUCAGCAGAAAAUGCUGGACAGCGCCAUCAUCCAAGGGCAGGAGCCAUUAGUGCUACCGCCACAGGAGAGCGCGCAUAAGCGGAAGGACCCUCAGUCCGAUGUGCCAGAACCCACCCCCAAGCGCAUGUGCCUGCCAUCAGGUGUGCAGACGCCGCCACCGUUGCUUUCCGCCAAGGCGUCAGAGGCACCAUCUACGCCAGACUCCUCGCGCUAUCGUGUGGCACCGCGCACUCCGCCACUCCAGCGGGGCCCGUCCGCAGACUAUGCACCAACCCCCGGGCGAGACUUGAGUCCGCGCGGCCUCCUUCCAUUCCCCGGAGGUGGCACGAGCCCAACCGUAGACCGAUCAGAACGCAUCCCCUCUCGUCAACCAUCACGCACCAAACCCUCGCAGGCGCACAUAGAUCUCUCGGCCAUCACGGAGAGCGAUGAUGUGGACAUCGCGCCCGGACCCAGUCGUCAUCCUUUCCGUGGCUCCAUAGCGAUUGAUCGCCUAACCGUGACGCCACCCGCCCUCAGCCCAUCGCCGCAGAUUGGCGGCGACAACUACACGCACACGCCUCUGCCACCGCCUUUCGCUCGCGCAGCCCGCUCUUCCUCGUCCGCACCCUCGCCCCAAAUCUCCAAGCCCCGCUUUGACCCGCAAAGAACGUACAUGGACGUUGCGUUGAAUGGCUUCCCCGAGGAUUAUUCACCGAGUGGGCAAGCCACGCCCAGCUCGCGCACGAUGCUAGGUACCGAGCGCUUUCGCGACAACCGCUUCGGGGACGAGCCGAUGAUCUCGUGGCCGAGCCCGCGACUCGACUAUGGCCCUGAUACGCCCUCCAAUCCCACCACUAGAUACUUUGAGUAG